CCCUCCAGUUUUCCAUGCAAAAGUGCAGAGAGUUCUACUACAGUAACUCCCACUACUCAUCCUACAAAGUAUCCUUCCUCUACUAACACUUCUUCAGAAACUUAUCCUCUUGGGACAGAUCACCAUGACUUUGCUACUCACAACCUCUGUCCAGAUUGUGCUGAAUGUGAAGCUAAGAGUGAGGGUCUAGUUUGCUAUCCAGCCACUCAAGCUCCAGUCAGCGGAUCAGUGACCGUCACCACCCAGUGUGCUGCCAAUGCGCACACCCUAAACGCCACUAGUCUGAACGUCACGUGUAGCUCUGAUGAUAGCUGGUCUGGUCAGAGUCCCCAUUGUCAAUGUGACGAGGGAUACUAUGAAGUCACUCUUAACGGAACACAAAUAUGUGAAAGUGUAAAUUUGAUGACUGAACAUGAGCCAAUCAACAUAUCCAUUGCGAUUUAUACAUCGUUAAUAUUUCCGCUCGUCCUGUGUGUCACUGCUACUGCCGCUGUUGUAUUCAUUCUGUGCCGAAGGAAGCUCAGAAAGAAAAAG